AUGCCGGCAAAGACCCCUCGCGGUGAGACAUCGCAGAAUGACGCAGCAUCAACGAUGUCCACCAUACCAGCAACGCGCGGGGGGCUGACGCGCUCCACAGUGCUGAGCUCCUUCGAGGAGGAAGGCCCCGACCAGCGCGAUCCGUGCCACUCACACCGUCAGCUUUUCAUGACAGUUAUUGGUGAGCUGUCAUGUGUAUCACAGGAUGAUCACUUUGAAGAGGCAGAGGUGACAAGGAGUCUUCCCAGGGAAAUUCACAUUGAUGAUGAUGACAGUCUCUUUAUGGGGUACCUCAGGCAUCCUGCGCGGGAGGUGACGCCCACGCCAGUUGACAGGCGAACUUUGGCGGCGCGUUCCGACGAUAGGGAUGGCCGGUCGAGGCGUCGCCGGUUUCCCCUUCUUAUGGAUCACAUGGGAUAG